AUGGCCCAGACCGGGAAAGUCCGAACCGGCGCUGUUUGGAACGUUACUACAGUGAGGGGCCUGAUCCAGUGGCAAAAAACGUAUCAUUUUACAUCCGAAAAGUAUCAAAAAUGUGGCAAAAUGCCUCCCUUUCCAACUAAGAAACUCCUUUUUGAACUGCCAUUUCCCUCACAAAAAGAGUGGGCGUGCUUUUGAAGUCGGAGUUUUUUUUCACUUGGAGAGGGAAGCAUUUUGCCACAUUUUUGAUACUUCGCGGGUGCAAAAUGGUACGUUUUUGGGCAUUGGUUCGGGUCCGCCACUGUACAAGGGGUCGGAUUUAAAGUCUCUGCACUUUUGACUGAAAGCUUUUAUGCUCUCCAUUAUUAUAAUAUUAUUAUUAUAGUUUUAUUAUACGUUUGUAUGCGGGAAAUUAACGCAGUCCAACAGUCGUAAAGGCAGCCAAACCCUAGCCAAGGAGUUUUUAUUUAGAACUUUUUGCCGAAUUUCGGCACGAAAAGUUUCAUGCCUAUUUCUACCGUAAAGGAUAAUGUUUCUACAAAAAAUCAAAUUUUUCCGCACGAAAAUGCCAAAGUCAUGGCCAAAAAGCGCUUUUCUCUCUGACCGCUCUCCACGUUUAGCGUGCUCUCGGCGGCAAAAAUCGUUCGAUAUCUCGGCGGCGCCCGCAAAGCGCGAGCUUGUCGUUUUCAAGGCUUUGAAAGCAACAAUAAAUUUGCUAUUUAUCUUUUUACUUCUUUAGUUCCAAGUCUACAGGCAUUGGCUUUUUCAAUUAUCGCAAAGAAGACUUCAUCGCCAAAGUGAAGGCCAUCCCAAGUCCAGACGGUCAUUGGGUGGCCAAAAUCGACAAGUUCCGAAUCGGCGAUUCCCAGACGUUCGCCAACUUUGAGGCCACAAUUUCAACAACUCUCCACGGGAUUUCCCUUCCUUCAGCGCUCUUCAACACUGUCGUCCGAACGCUUGGCGCAAAAUACAACCGUGAAAACGGAACGUACUCUGUGGACUGCGGGAAGUCGUUGAAUUUGGUGUUGGAGAUCAACGGAGCAAAGAUCGAAGUGCCCUUAGAAGCGUACACACUGAAGACCAAGGAGGGAUGCACAUUGCUGCUGAAGUCGCACGCAGAGAGCAAGCAGAUCGUCCUCGGACAGGCGUACUUUAUGGAACGCGGUGUUUGUUUGGACUACGACAACGACGAAAUUCAUUUUCAUCAUGACUACCCAGUCGGAUACCCUAUAAAAGAGGGCUUGACGCGGAUCAACGGAGGUUUUGCAUAUGUUACAAAGAGAGACAUGUAA